AUGCACAAGCUAUACAUUGGGAAUCUAGGCGAAAGCGUGACUGCCGAGGACUUAGGAAAAACCUUUGACGAACACAAGAUCCCAUACACCGGACAGUUUCUAAUGAAAACCGGCUAUGCGUUUGUGGAUUGUCCGGACGAUCACUGGGCCAUGAAGGCUAUCGAGACAUUUUCUGGUAAAGUGGAACUUCAUGGGAAACGUAUUGAGGUCGAACACUCCGUCCCCAAGAAGCAAAGAACCAGGAAACUCCAGAUCAGAAACAUUCCACCUCACCUGCAGUGGGAGGUGCUGGAUGGACUCUUGGGUCAGUGUGGAACCGUAGAAAACUGUGAACAAGUCAACACAGAUAGUGAGACCGCAGUGGUUAAUGUUACCUAUGCAACCCGGGAACAAGCCAGGCAAGCCAUCCAGAAGCUGAACGGAUACCAGUUUGAAAACAAUGCCCUGCGUGUCUCCUACAUCCCCGAUGAAACCUCUGAACUGGAGGGAGGCCAGCGGGGGCCUGAUAACGGCCGGCGACCUGGCUACGGGCCCCGGGGCGGACCCCGCGGUGGGUCCCCAAAUUCUGGGAUGCCCUCCAAACCUCCACAUGCCGACAUCCCUCUGAGACUGCUGGUGCCCACACAGUAUGUCGGCGCAAUCAUCGGCAAGGAAGGAGCCACCAUUCGUAACAUCACCAAGCAGACACAGAGCAAGAUUGACGUCCACCGCAAGGAGAAUGCGGGUGCUGCUGAGAAGCCCAUUAGCAUUCACUCUACCCCUGAGGGCUGCUCAGCCGCCUGUCGCAUGAUCCUGGACAUCAUGCACCAGGAGGCCAAAGACACUAAGACUGCUGAUGAGGUCCCUCUGAAGAUCAUGGCUCACAACAACUUUGUUGGGCGGCUGAUUGGGAAAGAGGGACGCAACCUGAAGAAAAUUGAGCAGGACACGGAUACCAAGAUCACCAUUUCCCCUCUCCAGGACCUGACGCUGUAUAAUCCAGAGAGAACCAUCACAGUUAAAGGCUCCAUCGAAGCCUGCUGUCAGGCUGAGGUGGAGAUCAUGAAGAAGGUCAGAGAGGCUUACGAGAACGACAUCGCAGCGAUGAAUCAACAGACACAUCUGAUCCCUGGCCUUAACCUGGGUGCUCUGGGCCUUUUCCCUUCUUCCUCCAAUAUGCCCCCACCACCACCUGGAAAUGCAGUUGGUGGCACCCCCUACGGCUGCUUUGGGGCUCCAGAACAGGAGACGGUCCAUGUUUACAUCCCAGCACAGGCAGUGGGAGCAAUCAUUGGAAAGAAAGGACAGCACAUCAAACAGCUGAGCCGCUUUGCUGGAGCCUCCAUUAAGAUCGCACCAGCUGAAUCUCCAGACUCCAAAAUGAGGAUGGUGAUUGUGACAGGACCCCCUGAGGCUCAGUUUAAGGCUCAGGGCAGAAUCUAUGGCAAACUGAAGGAAGAGAACUUCUUUGGGCCAAAGGAAGAAGUCAAACUUGAGACUCACAUCAAGAUGGCAGCUGCUGCUGCAGGAAGAGUGAUUGGCAAGGGAGGCAAGACGGUGAACGAGCUGCAAAACCUGACAGCAGCUGAGGUGGUGGUUCCCAGAGAACAGACGCCUGAUGAAAACGACCAGGUCAUCGUCAAGAUCAAUGGGCAUUUCUAUGCUAGCCAGCUGGCCCAGAGAAAGAUCAGAGACAUUCUGACCCAGGUCAAACAGACACAGAAAGGCGGAGUUGGCAUGGGCCCUGGCCCUCAGUCGCCGGGCUUCACAGAGAUGGGCAGACCUACGCAGGGACUGACUCAGGACCACCAGCCACGCAGGAAGUGA